AGACAGCAAACAUGGCGGCGGUCGUCAGGCAGUUGGGAGUAAGAUGGUGUGGCCUUUGGAACAGCCGCGUCUCCCGAGGUCAGCUUGCUCUCUCUGUGUCUCGGUGUCCCCUGUCUACCGGGCAUGCAGUUCACCAGCAGCAGUUCACUCCCUUGGAUGAGAAACCCCAAUUCCCUGGAGCCUCGGCAGAGUACGUGGACAAGUUAGAGUUCAUUCAGCCCAAUGUCAUAGCUGGUAUCCCCAUUUAUCGAGUGAUGGACCGGCAAGGUCAGAUCGUGAAUUCUGACGAAGACCCCAAGUUGCCUAAAGAUGUGGUGCUGAAGUUCUAUCAGAAGAUGACACUGCUGAACACAAUGGAUCGCAUUCUAUAUGAGUCCCAGCGACAGGGCCGCAUAUCCUUUUAUAUGACUAACUAUGGUGAAGAGGGCACACACAUUGGCAGUGCUGCUGCGCUGGAACCCACUGACAUGGUGUUUGGGCAGUACAGGGAAGCAGGCGUCUUAAUGUACAGAGGCUUGCCGCUGGAGCUGUUCAUGGCACAGUGCUAUGCCAAUGCUCGAGAUGUGGGUAAAGGGCGUCAGAUGCCUGUUCACUAUGGCAGCAAGGAUCUCCAUUUUGUGACAAUCUCAUCUCCCUUGGCAACGCAAAUACCACAGGCUGUUGGAACUGCAUAUGCCUACAAAGUGGGUCAAGAGGACCGUGCAGUCAUCUGCUACUUUGGAGAGGGUGCUGCAAGCGAAGGGGAUGCUCACGCCGGUUUUAACUUCUCAGCCACUCUCGAAUGUCCCAUCAUAUUCUUCUGCAGGAACAAUGGCUACGCAAUAUCAACACCAACCCAUGAGCAGUACAGAGGAGACGGCAUUGCUGCCAGAGGCCCUGGUUAUGGGAUAAUAUCGAUCAGAGUGGAUGGGAAUGAUGUCUUCGCUGUUUAUAAUGCUACCAAAGAGGCGAGACGCAGAGCGGUGGCAGAAAACCAACCCUUCCUUAUCGAGGCCAUGACUUACAGGAUAGGCCACCACAGUACCAGUGAUGAUAGCUCAGCCUAUCGAUCUGUGGAUGAAGUAAACUACUGGGACAAACAGGACCACCCCAUCUCGAGGCUCCGACACUACAUGGUGAACAAAGGCUGGUGGGACGAGGAGCAGGAAAAAGCUUGGAGGAAGCAGUCCAGGAAAAGGGUCAUGGAAGCCUUUGAAGAAGCUGAACGGGCACUGAAACCAAAACUGGAUCACUUGUUCUCCGAUGUAUAUGACGAGACCCCAGUCAGCCUCCAGAAACAGCAGGAGGCGCUGCAGAGGCACUUGAAGAUGUAUGGAGAGCAUUACCCCAUUGACCAUUAUGAGAAAUAGACCGACUGUCUAUUGCCGUCACCUCUCCACCACCCCCCUCCCCCGCCCAGAUCUGCUUGCCUAUGAAUUUCUGUUUCGUGUCCUGUCACAAAAAAACACUCCCCCCUCUCCAUUCCUAAGCCCCACCUCACACUACCCUCUUCCCCCCACCCCACAACCCCCAAACCUCUAAUCAGAGUGCUCUGUUAGUGAGAAUUAUAGGAAUUUGAUGUUAUAGAUACUCAAUGAAAUCCUGGUCUUCCAUGAUCACCUUAUCCCAAAUAUGGGAAUGAUGUCAUUAGAGAGGUCGCUUAAUUCACAGCAUUGUGUGUGAUCAGUCACCCAGGAGCAGGGUCAAUGUUAUAAGAUUGCAGGAGAUCAGAAUUAUCCAGCACACUCUGCUUACAGAGACGGAGGGGGUGGGGAAGACAGAGUCGUGUUGCUGGAAAAGCACAGCAGGUCAGGCAGCAUCCGAGGAGCAAGAGAAUUGACAUUUCAGUCAUAAGCCCUUCAAGACCUUUUAGAAUAGGCUGAUUUGUCCCUUCUCACUUUCAAUGUACUGUCAGUUUCAGGAGGUCAAGUUAUGAAUAGACCUCUGUGGGGGAGGUGGCCUUUUCGAUUUACUCCCGCUUUUGAUCUGCAGAGUGAAUUUAUCUUCUCACUCUCAAAAGGGAAGGGUCUGCAAUGGUGCUGUCUUAACUUGUGGUAUGUAGCUGGACCAGAGCAAUAAUCCAUUUUGAACACUACCUAACCUUUUGGUUUCCUCGACGUACUCAUCUGCAAUAUUAGAAGCAGUGAUUCUCUGGGCUCUUCAGUAAGCCUUGUUAGGGUUAGGGUGAGGACUGAGCCUCAGAAACUGGGUACACCCCACCCAACCUGUACAGAAUGACAUAAAUGCAAUCUUAGCUCAUGAACAGGGUAGGUUGGUCGCUGGCCUCACCAGCCCUGAGCUUUCUGCAGGAUUUUGACGUGACACUUACACACAGCAGUAAUGCACAUUUCUGCCACCAGCACUACAUACUCUACAUUGCUGCUCUAAUACUCUGAAGUGAUUUACUUUGCUGGAGAUCAGAUCUUUUCGCACUUUGUAUGAAAAGAAUGCUGCUUAUUGUUGUUAAGAUCCAAAUUGCAUGGCUGUGUUACCAUGGGUUAAUUGGAAAGUGAACAACUAAGUGCUGCAAAUGUUUUGUCUGUCAAAAAGAAUAAGGUUCAAUCACUCUUGGAAAGGGCUUCCUUCGUGCAAAUUGCACCUGCACAGUCUCAUUUGCAGCUAUUUAAUGACCGAGAUCAAAUCCUGCUGAAAUCAUAGCAUCCUGGGUUUAUGGACAAGAUCUUAAAUUUGACUUGUGCCGAUGAGUUAGGGAGGACUGGAGCAGGCUGGGGAAGCAUUGGUAUUCAGUCACUGACCAUGAUUGACCCUCUUGCAGGGAAUCAAUUGACUUGAGUCCCUGGAAGGAGGGAGUGGGUGUCACAGCAGCAUCCCUUUGUUAAUGCUGCUUUAAUAGAUGUUUAUUUAUAGACAAGAGGAUGAUGCAGGUCACUUUAUUGGUACCACCCAUAUAACGUACAGCCAUAAACACUACCAUUUUCAGCCUAACAAUCUGUGAAGUUGCCAGACUUGUGCACCAGUUAAUAAAAUAUGGGGGUUGUCAGUCCUGUCCAAUUGUGGUUAUACUCUGUACGGACAUGUGGGUGGCACAGUGGUUAGCACUGCUGCCUCACAGCGCCAGAGACCUGGGUUCAAAUCCUGCCUCAGGCGACUGACUGUGUGGAGUUUGCACAUUCUCUCCGUGUCUGCGUGGGUUUCCUCCGGGUGCUCCGGUUUCCUCCCACAGUCCAAAAAUGUGCAGGUUAGGUGAAUUGGCCACGCUGGAUUGCCCGUAGUGUUAGCUGCAGGGGUAAAUGUAGGGAAAUGGGUCUGGGUGGGUGCACUUCGGCGGGUCGAUGUGGACUUGUUGGGCCGAAGGGCCUGUUUCCACACUGUAAGUAAUCUAAAAAAGAGGACAUGUUGUAGUGCAGCUACCAGCUCCCUUAUUAGAUCCAGUAUGUCAUUUCUGGCUAACCAGGCCUCCAAAGACAGGCCCUCUCAACUUCAACUGUGGAAAGGCAUGGUGGCUCAAUAGUUAGCUCUGCUGCCUCAGAGCACCAGCAACCCAGGUUCAAUUCCAUCCUCGGGCAACUGUGGAGUUUGCACAUUUUCCCUGUUUCCUGCAGGUGCUCCAGUUUCCUGCCACAGCCUAAAGAUGUGCAGGUUAGGUGGAUUUACCAUGUUCAAUUGUCCAUAGUGUCCAAGACUGUGCACACUAGGUGGAUAUCCCAUGGACAAUGCAGGGUAACUGGGAUGGUGUAGGUCUGGAUGAGAUGCUCUUCAGAUAAUGAGUGUAGACUCGGGCCAAAUGUCCUGUAGGGAUUCUAUGAUUUCAACAGUGAUUUUAUCACUGUAGAUCUGGAGUUAAGUGAUGCCAGACCAAGUAAGGAUGGCAGAUUUCCUUCCUUAAAAGACAUUAGUGAACGCGAUGGUUUUAGCAGUUUAUUGGUCACCAUUAAUGAAAUUACUUUCAGAUAUGUUAAUUUAAUUUUAACAUCAGCUAUUGUGGGUUGUGAACCCGCACCCUCAGAGCAUUAGCCUUGACCUCCAGAUUAUCACGACACCACUGCCUCCACAUCAUGGAGUGAGCACUUUGGGAAAAGGCCAGUGUUCUAGAUUGAACCUCAAUUUUAAGCGGAAGUAUGUUGGGGGAGGGGUCUGCUCAGUGCAGGUAUGUCUUUGCGGGUGAUUCACACCACCCUGAUGUCUCAUACAUUUCUCCCACAUUGUAUGUUGUUUAUGGUAAGCAGCUCUAACAUCCAACUGUGAGGUAUUCUGUGAUGAUGUAAUGUUAUAGGGUAGGAUGUAUUCAUUUCACAAGAAAUGCUGGAUUUCUUUGCUGAGCUCAUAACAAAGAUGACACAGGAUUGGAAAUUCUAGCUGUGGAAUCGUAUGGCUUAGUGGAGGAAUAUCGCUUCCACAACACUGUAGUUGCAAGACAGACAUUCGAUCCUUCUCCAUGCUCUCUAUUUCCAAUACUCCAUCAACCUGCUUUAUUGUACUCAACCAAUGACCGUAAAACGGUUUAAUGUUAAUGCACCACCCUAUUACAUUAUCAUGUCCAAGUCAGAGGUAUGUUGUUGAAAGUUCCCCUCCUGAAAAAACCCAAUAUCCUGAGGAAUUGAAGGACUCUGUGUAUUGCAAGUGAUUUCAUUACCCAAUGGAUUAUUGUGUAGUGUUAUGGGAGUAGCUGGUUUGCUCUGAUGGCCACCAUUAAUGUAAUUUAGAGAGCUUGGUACAAACUGGUGAAUAAUUGGCAAGAGCCGAGCACCACUGAUGUUACAGAACAUUCCACAGUUGUGCAGAUCCGAUUGAAUAGAGUUCUGACAACCCAAACCAACAAUGUUGCUGACCUGUGACAAGUUACAGAUUGCAGAGGGUUUUGACAAGUCUCUGGAAAUUUGUUCAAUGCUUUUGCUGGAGUCUCUGGGUUCUGCUGUUGUCAUUGGAAGGAGAUGUGCUGGCACACACAAAAUGACACAAACAAGCUGGCCUUAAGGAUCCCCUGCAGCCUUUUCCAUAAAUCACAGAUAUGAUUCGAACCAACAAGUGCACUAUUUUGUCCACCACACCCCCUUCGUCUUCCAGUUUGUGUGUCUAAUGUUUGUUUGAACACAGAUUUUCUCUUCCUAAGAGACUUAAUGCGGUUCGUGUACUGGACAAGGUCUAUUUUGACCGAAUGAAAAUAGUUAUCACAAAAAUUCCCCAAGGCUCCUUCCAGCGUUCCUUGUGUGCAGUAACUGACCUCCCUAUUAACAAUGCUGGGUGAACUCUGUAUUAUUAAUGACUAACAUCUCAACACUCUGUUCCUUUUUGACUCUAGUUUUCUGUUUUAAUUUGGCCAGUGAUAUUGUAAACUCAGUUGCAGGAAACUGUUGUCAAUAUAAAUUCCCCUGUGUUCUAGUUUGAUUUUUUGGCACACUAGCAAUGUGUUUUGCAGCUGUUUCAGACGACUCUAGGGGCAACUGAUAGAUGAUAACAUAACUGUAGAGUCGAGAGCUCCUUUGUUGAUGUGGGACUCGGAGGGUAAAAAGGGUUUGAUUAUCAACUAAUGUUCACACUGGGUGUUGAACUAGAAGCAGCGUGAACAAAUCUCGGUUUCAUAUUUAUCUUCAAAACUGCUGUUACAAAACACAACAUGUUAUUGCUGCAUGUGUAAUCAUUGUUUUUUAAAAAAAUAAAAAUCAAGACAGUGCAAAAUGUGCUUUCUCACUUUCGUGUUAAGGGUGUUGGUUGCUAACACUGGUUCUAAAGCACAAUAAAGGUAAUGACUGAAGGUGUCUUUUUGUAUAGGGGUUCAUUCAGGGAGGGGUCUAGCUAGUAUUGGGGUUGGCACAGUACCCAGUCUCGGGAUUUAAUUCCUACUGGGUGUAAAGCUGAUUUUAAAUAGCUUUCUGCCACAAUAUUACUCAAAUUAAGCUCCCUUGUGCCAUUAUUUCACAUGCUGGUGUGAAGUCAGAAGUCUCCCAAUGCCAGAUUACAGUCCAAC